AUGGAAGGCUUGCUCACUCCCGUGAGUACUUCUUACAAAGAUGAAAAUAAACCAAACGAAGAUGCUCUCGUCGAAGUUGUCAAGGCACCAGAACCCAGAUCGAAAUCCUGGUUCCAGACUGCAUUAACACCUGCAGAAGCCCUGGAGAUACUGCGGAAUGAACCAGAUUAUGGCACUCUGAUUUUUGUUCUAAAAUUCAUCGGGAAGAAUAGCCAAGAUUUCGAUAUCACUUUACCUAGCCCUCUUGCAGCGCAAUUAGUCCAUACCUUAGUGUCAGACACAGUUCCCAACUACUGGCCUGUACUGCAAGAAUCCUCAAAUGGCAAGAAAGGGAAGGCUGGAAAGCACUGGCAUAUCUCAUCAGACCUCGAAAUUCUACUUUCGUGUCUUCGAAGUGUCACGGCUUUGAAUGCAAUCCUGCUGAGUCUCAAGCAGCAUAUCCAAAAGUCAAAAGAACUCAAGAAAAGCAUAGGCGGGCCAAAGAUUCGAGAUAUCUUGGCCAUCAAUUUGCAACUUUUAGAAGCAAUCCUAGGAGGAGUCAAGACAGUAAGUGUAAUAUGGAAGACUAUCUGCGCCACGCCAGAUCAGCCAAAGCAGAAGGGUGUCUGGAAUGAGUUCUUGGGGCUGGCAGCUGGCGGCAAGAUAUUAGGGACUGCUGCAGAAUCAGAAGAUGUAAUCAAUGAUCUUAGCGAGAAGAUUGGAGAGAAACAUUGGGUAGCCCAUGGAACUCUGUAUAGCCGCUGGCUGUCCCAGAACAUUACGUACUGGGCGAAGAAUCUCCCGAUCGAUUCUGAAGAUGCUUGGCAAAGUUGUGCUGAGCUUCUCAGCAAGUCAUUUCGUCUUGGACAUACAGACAGCAUCAUGAAGGAACUUCUGUCCUCUUUACUUCUUCAAGAGAAAGAGUACAAGCCUCAGUUUCUAAAGCUUGUUGGAUGUUUGCCAAACUUUGAGCAACGAAACUUCCUUUACUCCCUUCUCAAAAUAGUCUCUAGAGACUUCUUGUCUUCUCCAGUAACGACCGAAGCGGAUCCUCAAUGGUGGAAGUCGGAUGCAUCAGUUGUCGCUGCAGCUGCGCGCCUCAUAAGUCUCGUGGUUGCCGAGAAUGAGUCUCGCAAAAACUUGCUCAUAUCCUGGUUGACCAACUCAUCCGGAGCUGGCGUUGGGGAUGGUAUUGCAAUCCGAAGAGCUGUAAUUAUGUCACUUUCUGUGGGAAAAUCCGAUAUUGAGGCUAUUCUGGAAAAAAGCCUGGCGCAAUUUGGGGACCAGUUGUACAUCAGGCACACUCCCACGUUACAGCAAGAAGUACAUGCACAAGUCCUACUCCUUGCGGCGGGCUAUGUCCACCGGAAAGCCCCACUUCGUCUUACGAUGAUGAUGAGAUCUGGAAGUCACCUGGGUGUGGUUUCAAACCGACUUGCCGCUUCAUCUCCCAGAGCGCGUUUCCUCGGUAUGUGUGUCGGAGAGGCUCUUUCCGGUUUAGUUGACAAAGGAGACAAGAAAAUGGACUUCAAAGUCGAUGAGAUGAGCACAGAUGAAGCAAACUGGUACAAAAGCCUAGUCAAUAUAUUCGACAGCGUUGGAUCUCUUGACCCAUUCAAGACUGGAGCAGUAGCGAAGGUAUUCAAGAGACAGCCACAAAGAUUCACUCAACAAGUAAAGAGGGUCCCGGUACCGACGGGCUCAAAAAUCAUAGCCAUCGAAGAAAUUGACGACUCUGAGGAGGAAGGAUCAGAUGAUGAUGAUCUCACUCCAUACGCGAAACCUGACUCCGACGCUGAAGACUCCGAUGAAGACGCAACGUUGAUCACCCGCAAUAAACCCACAGCUCCGGUCUAUAUUCGCGAUCUCAUCACCUACCUGCGAGAUACGGAAAACUACGACCGUCAAAAGCUCGCCUUGACAACAGCUGCACCACUAAUCCGACGAAAAGCUAACUUUGGUACCGAAGUCAGCGCUCACGCUGAGGAACUUGCAGCGCUGCUAGUUGGCCUUCAAGACAAAUACGAGAUCGACAAUUUCCAAGAUAUGCGAAUCCAAGGCAUGAUCGCUGUUCUGAUCGCUCUACCCUUGAAAAUGGGACAGUGGUUCUCGAAAACCUUCUUCGACGGCGACUACUCCAUCUCUCAACGAGCGUCAGUCCUUACGACUUUGGGACUGGGUGCGAGAGAAUUGGGCGGCUUUGGCAGCGAAGACGAGUCUCUCACAAAGAUGAAGAACCUCCCAUCAACAGCCAAUCCUUCGUUCCCCAGCAAAACUCUCCCACCACACAUCCACACGCACUACACCCCUCGAACGGCAGAGCCCAAGAAAUCACUGAAGUCAACACCCAUCUCCGCCCUCGACACCCUCACUACAAACCUCUCCAACACCAUGAUCGCCCCAAUUGCCACCUCCCUCGCGGAUAAGCUAACCGGUCCCUCCAUCCUCAAAAUCCGCACCUUCUCCAGCCGCAUGGCCGUCGAAGCCUCUCGUAAGAAACCCACCACCAACGCACUCGCCCAGAUCGUCUCGACUGGAUUCUUCUUCCCGCUCACAGGUCGCUUCUCCUUACACCUCAAAACGUUUGGAGCUUCCUCAACAGCAAAUAUAACGUUCCAUCCUUACCUAUUGUCGCUAUUCCUCAAGACUCUUUCUUUACUUCUCCAUGCUUCAGGGCCAAACACGCUGUCACUCCCGCAAAUGACAAGUGAGUUCUGGGAUUUAUGUCUGGGGCUGCGAGCACAAGCGGUAGGAGACGUGAUGGUGCUUGAAGCGCUACUGUUCAGUUUCCUGUCGAUACUGGAGGUCAAUGGAGAUAAAAGGGGAUUAGUGGAGGGGUUUGGGCGGCAGAUGUUGGAGACGCAGGAGUGGGUUGAGGGUGUGUUUGGGAGACUAGGGGCUGGUGGGAGUGAGGAGGACGAGAGGGCUAGGAUGCUGGCUGCAGGGGUGUUGGUGAGGAUUAGGGAGAAUGUGGAGAAGUAUCAGGCACUACUUCUAGGCGACAUGGCUAGCUUUCGAGGUUGA